AUGGCCGACGACCGAUACCGAAAGUACUACGCAGACGACAGUUACGCGCACCCGCAAUCUAGACCGCAUCAGCAGCAACAUCCCCAUCUCCCCCCCCCUCCUCCUCCCCUACCUCGCACAGGAGAGAGUGCGGCGCAAAGGCCAGCAGAGAAUCCGCGAGGAAGUAUGGCCGCUUCUGUCUCGCUCCCUGCCAUGCAUCAUGAUCAUCGAGCCCAGGGCUACGGCCCUCCGCCGACCCAAGGCCACGGCUAUCCUCCUAUAGACCCUCGCUACGCUUCACCCAACACGACCAACGGCUACCCACCCCCCGGACAGCAGCAGCAGCAGCAGCAGCAGCAGCCGGCUGGCUCCGGCGGUUACCUCCCUCCCCUGCAGCCGCAGUCGGCGGACUCGCGAACCCCGGGCUACCGACCUCCGGAGCCGUACGGUGCCGGGCGACCGCCGCCGGGCGCUUAUCAGCAGCCGCCCUCCGAACCUCAGUAUGCUGGUCACCCCGAGGCCUAUUACUACCGCGGUCCCCCUCAGGGCCCCCACGCACCGCCCCCAAACGCCUACCCGUAUGCGCCGCCUUACGCCGAGUACGGCCCUCCCCAGGCCGGUGGACCGGCGAUGGCGCAGGCUGCGCCGCGACAGAGGACUUCGAUCGCGUGCAAGUAUUGCCGGAAGAGAAAGAUCCGCUGCAGCGGCUACCAGAGUGCCCCGGGAGGCAAGUGUCAGAACUGCGCGCGCAUGAACCAGGAAUGCGUCUUCCAGCCCGUCUCGUCGUCGAGCUCGACAGCCUUCAUCCCCGUCUCGGCUGUCCCGGGCGGCGUCCCGCCUGGAACCCCCCUCUACGGAGCCUACGGCCAACCUCUGGCACCCCAGCCUCACGGCUACCCGCCCGCCGGACCGGGACAACCACAACAUCAGCAGCAGGGACCACCUCCGGGAAGCUACUACCCCCCUCACGCGCAGGGUGGACCCCCUCCGCCGCAGCACAUAGCCUCGGCCCAGUCGCCCGCCGAAUCUUCGUACUCUUACAACUCGACCAGGGGCGACGAAGGAUCUCAGAGCGGCAGGAGACGGCGGAGGUCGUCGGAGGACCAGGACGAGGGCUACCGACUGCCCCCGCCCCGGGUCGGCGCCGCGGAGGAAGAGCCGCGGAGGAGGUCACCGGCCGAAUUUUCGAGCAAGAGCAGCCCCGGCGGCCUGGGUCUGCCACCUCUCUCGCGGAACAGCCCGCGAGGCAACCCGACUCUGCCGCACCCGGGACCGGACGGACGCUCGCCCGUCGGUGCGGCGGCAGCGGCAGCGGCGACGGUGGCGGGACACAACGGCUCGAGCGGAGCUUCGACACCGGCCCGUGGACCUCAGGCAGGAGGAGGUGGUGGGCAGACGCCUACGAACCAGGCUUCCGUCAUGAGUCUGAGCAAUCUGGUGGAGAAGAAUGACAUUGACAAGGGCAUGAUUGAUCGGUUGAACCGACCGAUGCCGAAGGGGUAA